AUGUCCGGUGCCUCCGAAUCCGUGCAGAAUGGCGAUGUCGUCGUCGAAGGAGAUGAUGGCGACGAGAGUGCGAGUCUUAAUUCUGUUCCUUUAAUCUUCAUCAUUACGGUCACCGCCAUCAAGGAUGCCAUCGAAGACUCGCGCCGAACCAUUCUUGACAACGUGUUGAAUAAUGCUCCUGUCCACCGACUUCAGCACUGGAACAAUAGCAAUGUGGAGGAUGAUAAUGUAUCAUAUUGGCGGCGCUUCAAGAAGGCCACCUCUCGCUCCAUUGUCAGAUUUUGGAGGUUCAUCAAGAGCACCUGGUCCAAGAAGGCAAAGGAAGAACGCGCGAGAGCGAAGGAGCAAGCCUCUGACGAGCCCCGUAUGUCGGUCGAAACCCGCGUCACCCUUCGCGGAUCCAUACUGUCGCCCAAUAAUCGCGAGUCGUUCGUCUCGGCGAGGGAGUCUAUUCAGUUGACGCCUGUUCCAUCCCCUCUGCCUCAAGGUGUCACCCAGGAGGACGUGGAGGCUCGUGAGCGUCACCAUGCCCAGGUCCUCCGAACGAUGAAAAAGGACAUGAUCAACCAUGAUAAGCCGGCGGAGAGGAAGGCGAGAUUCCACCCUGAUGCGUGGAAGAACCUUAGGGUUGGCGACUUCGUUCGCAUCCAUAACGACGAUGAGCUCCCUGCUGAUAUCAUUAUCCUUUCCACUUCGGAUCCCGAGGGUGCCUGCUACAUCGAGACCAAAAACUUGGACGGUGAGACGAAUCUCAAGUUCCGUACGGCUCUUCAGUGUGGCCGCACGAUCAAGCACGCGCGUGACUGCGAACGAGCCGAGUUUUGGAUCGACAGCGAGACCCCCCAUCCGAACCUUUACAAGUACAACGGUGCCAUAAGGUGGCGCCAACGACUUCCCGACGAUCCCCACGGUGAGCCUGAAGAGAUGACCGAACCCAUUAGCAUUGAUAAUCUGCUUCUCCGAGGAUGUACUCUGCGCAACACCGAGUGGGCUCUUGGCGUCGUCGUAUUCACUGGCCACGACACCAAAAUCAUGAUGAACGCUGGUGUUACACCAAGCAAGCGUGCAAGGAUAGCACGGGAGCUUAACUUUAGCGUCAUCUGCAAUUUCGUCGUUCUCUUUAUCAUGUGUAUUGUCUCUGGUCUUGUCAACGGCGCUACCUGGGCACAGACGGAGGCUUCCCAUCGCUUUUUCGAGUUUGGUUCCAUUGGUGGCAAUCCCCCUAUGAGUGGUUUUAUUACCUUCUGGGCUGCCGUGAUUCUGUUCCAGAACUUGGUUCCCAUCUCCCUGUACAUCACUCUCGAAAUCGUCCGUCUUCUCCAGGCCAUCUUCAUUUACAGCGACGUCGAGAUGUACUACGACAAGAUUGACCAGCCUUGUGUUCCUAAGUCGUGGAACAUCUCGGACGACGUCGGUCAGAUCGAGUACAUCUUCUCCGACAAGACCGGAACCCUAACCCAGAAUGUCAUGGAGUUCAAGAAGGCAACCAUCAAUGGCCAGCCGUACGGCGAAGCCUACACCGAAGCGCAGGCUGGAAUGCAGAAGAGGCUAGGCGUUGAUGUCGAGAAGGAGGGCGAGCGAGUCAGGAAAGAAAUAGCCGAGGCCAAGGUUCAGGCCCUCGCUCGGCUACGACGGAUACACGACAACCCUUAUCUGCACAACGAAGACCUCACCUUCAUUGCCCCCGAUUUUGCUGCUGACCUUGGCGGUGACACGACGGCGGAGCAGCAGUAUGCGACUGAGCGAUUCAUGCUGGCGCUGGCUUUAUGUCAUACAGUUAUCCCGGAGAAGUUACCCGGUGACCAACCCAAGAUGAUUUUCAAGGCGCAGUCCCCCGAUGAGGCCGCCCUAGUUGCGACGGCGAGGGAUAUGGGCUUCACCGUCUUAGCGUCUUCGAGCGACAAUAUUGAUCUCAACGUCAUGGGCGAGCAUCGGCGAUACCCCAUCCUCAAUAUUAUCGAGUUUAAUUCCACCCGAAAGCGUAUGAGCACCAUCGUGAGAAUGCCCGACGGCAAGCUUGUCCUUUUCUGCAAGGGAGCCGACAGCAUUAUUUACUCGAGGCUCAAGAGGGGUGAGCAGAAGGAGCUUCGACAGACGACGGCUGAGCAUCUCGAGAUGUUUGCGCGAGAGGGUCUCCGAACACUCUGUAUCGCGGAGCGCGAACUGACGGAGGACGAAUACUACGCCUGGAAGAAGAAGCACGAUAUUGCAGCUUCUGCUAUCGAGGGUCGCGAGGAGAAGAUGGAUGCCGUUGCCGAGUUGAUCGAGCAGGAUCUGAUGCUCUUGGGCGGAACCGCUAUUGAGGAUCGCUUACAAGACGGCGUCCCCGAUACAAUUGAGCUACUUGGUGCGGCUGGUAUCAAGCUCUGGGUGCUGACUGGUGACAAGGUCGAGACGGCCAUCAAUAUCGGUUUCUCAUGCAACCUUCUGAACAACGACAUGGAGUUGAUCCAUCUUAAGGUUGACGAGGAUGAGUCUCACGAGACCCCCGACGAGCAGUUCAUCCGUACGCUGGAGAAGGAACUCGAUGAUCAGCUGAAACUCUUUGGCCUCACUGGCAGCGACGAGGACCUGGCAGCUGCCAAGAAGACCCACGAGCCUCCCGAGCCCACACACGGUCUCGUUAUUGAUGGCUUCACUCUAAAAUGGGUUCUCCACGAUGAUCUCAAGCAAAAGUUCCUGUUGCUGUGCAAACGGUGCAAGUCGGUUUUGUGCUGCCGUGUCAGUCCCGCACAGAAGGCCGCCGUUGUUGCCAUGGUGAAAAACGGCCUCGACGUCAUGACGCUCUCUAUCGGUGACGGCGCAAAUGAUGUUGCCAUGAUUCAAGAAGCCGAUGUAGGUGUGGGUAUUGCUGGUCUCGAAGGUCGCCAGGCGGCCAUGUCCUCCGACUAUGCCAUCGCGCAGUUCCGCUUCCUCCAGAGAUUGGUGUUGGUUCACGGUCGCUGGUCCUACAGGCGGUUGGCUGAGACGAUUCCGAACUUUUUCUACAAGAACAUGGUAUGGACGUUCGCCAUUUUCUGGUACCAAAUCUACUGCAACUUCGAUCAGACGUACGUUUUCGAGUACACUUAUAUUAUAAUGUUCAACCUGUUCUUCACCUCGCUUCCGGUCGGUAUUAUGGGUGUCCUCGACCAGGAUGUUUCCGACAAGGUCUCGCUUGCUGUUCCCCAGCUCUACCGACGUGGUAUUGAGCGGCUGGAGUGGACGCAACGCAAAUUCUGGCUAUACAUGAUUGACGGUGUCUACCAAUCCGUCAUGGCCUUCUUCAUCCCGUACCUCGUCUUCAUCAGCAACUCCUUCGUCACAUCGAACGGUCUGAGCGUCAACGAUCGAGUUCGGUUCGGUGCCUAUAUCGCGCAUCCGGCUGUCUUGACCAUCAACGCCUAUAUCCUCAUCAACACGUACCGAUGGGACUGGAUCAUGCUCCUCAUCAUCUGCCUGAGUGACCUGUUCGUCUUCUUCUGGACCGGCAUCUACUCGCAGUUUACCAGCGCCGCAGAGGGUGUCUUCUACGACCUCGCUAGCCAGAUCUACCGGGACGCGACCUUCUGGGCCGUCUUCUUCAUUGUUCCCGUCAUCUGCCUAUUUCCCAGGUUCGCAAUCAAGGCUAUUCAGAAAGUGUACUUCCCUUAUGACGUCGAUAUUAUCCGCGAGCAAGAACGGCAGGGCAAGUUCAACCAUCUGGAUCCCGACAAGAAGAACAAGAAGGAUGUCGAUUCCGCCUCUGUAAGCCUCGGCAAGAUUGAGAGUGAGGGUCCCGCCCCUUCCGACAGCUACAAGAAGGCGAAGCGAUCCACUUUCGGCAGCGUGGACGAGGAACGACGACCGAUCUAUCCUCCUUCCGUGGUUACGCAGACAACGCACCACCGGCUGCGCAGCCAAAACGGCAGCGACGGUACCAACUACACGGGCCACCGAUCCUCGUUCGACGAGGGCUUCGGCUCGCCGCCAGCGCCUCAGCGUAUGUCUAUCGAGCGCGCUCGGCCAUCGUACGAUCGUAUCAGGGCGUCUAUGGACCGCGUACGGCCCAGUUUCGAGGCGAGCAGCGAUUUCACCUCGGCGGCGCGGCUGUCGCGCAUCGAGUCUACUCAGAGCGGCAGAUUCAGGCCUAGGCUACGUGGUCUGUCUCUGGGUAAACAUCAUCACCAGCACCAGCAGCAUCAUGAAUCCUAA